GCAUGAAGAAAGACGUCGCAGAAUUCGUUAGGCGAUGUCUUACCUGUCAACAAGUCAAGGCCGAACAUCAGAGUCCGAUUGGCCUCCUACAGCCACUGCCGAUUUCGCGGUGGAAAUGGGAGGAAGUUACUAUGGAUUUCGUUACGGGAUUGUCGAGGUCGGCUGAACAUCACGACGCUAUCCGGGUCGUGGUCGACAGACUGACGAAGGUGGCGCACUUCUUACCCGUUUCGAAGAGGAUGUCUCUGGACAAGUUGGCUAAGAUAUACACCCGUGGGAUCAUCAGACUCCACGGAGUGCCCGUCACGAUUGUAUCAGAUCGAGAUCCCAGACUCGUUAGCCGAUUCUGGCAUAGCUUACAUGAGGCGAUGAGCACCAAGCUUAAGUUCAGUUUAGCCUACCAUCCGGAGACGGACGAUCAGUCAGAGCGGACGAUUCAGACACUUGAGGACAUGCUCCGCGCCUUGGUUGUUGACAGGGGUGCCAAGUGGGAGUCGCUGUUGCCGUACGCAGAGUUCGCGUAUAACAACAGUUAUCAUUUCUCUAUUCAGAUGACUCCUUACGAGGCACUUUACGGUCGCAAAUGUCGUUCCCCUCUCUAUUGGGACGACGUCGGAGAGCGACGAGUACUCG